AUGCAGACCAUCAAGAUCAGCACGCGCGGCUCUGCCGCGGCCCUCCGUGCUGGACAACGCACUCGGGCGCGUGUCGUGUGCUGCAGGGCGGAGGCUGUGUCCGCCCCCACGGUGGUGGAGCAGGUCAAGCUGGUGCGCGAGAUCGACCCCGAGGCGUUUGCUGACCUGACUGCCAACAGCGACGUCCCCGUCCUGGUGGACUACUACACCCAAUCGACUGUGAGCGCGCCGGGAAACAUCCCUAUGGAGGUUUCAUUUAAGGCCCAGCAGGCUGGCGCGGGUGCUUGCGGCGCCCACGACAAGAAGUUUGCGAUCGCGCAGGGCAUCAAGGCGCUGCCCACCUUCCACAUAUACCACCGGGGCGUCAAGGUCGGGGAGAUGACAGGCGCGAAGAUCGAGAAGCUGCGCGCCCUAGUGGAGGCCCACGCGCUGUGA